AUGAAAAUUUUCAUUAUUAGUACAUUCGCAUUAGGUCUGUACAUAAUAUUUGAUUUACUAUUUAACGAUCAAAUGUGGGAUGCCAAUACUGAACUUACAGUAUAUUUGCAAGAGAACUAAUUUCAAGGAGAAAAAGAAAUAUUUUUAUUUUUUUCCUAUUCUUUAUUUGCAAUGCCAGGAAUUGCAUUGAUUGCCUUUUUGUUUUUCAACAAUAAAUUGGGUGCUUUAAUUUAUUGUUGUUUAGUAUAAGCAAUUUUUGCAGAGAAUUCAGUUCUUAAAAAUAUAUAUCAUCAAGCACGUCCUUUUUUUAUCGAAAACAAAAUAUAACCAUUUGAGUGCAAUAAGGAAUUUGGAAAACCUUCUGGACAUGCAAUGACAUCAUCAGCAAUGUGUUUUUUAAUACCUUAUAUAAUAUUUCCUUCUAUUCUAAAGGAUUAAUAAAAGUAAUUCAAAUUUAUUAAAUAGCUAAAAGUCUCCACUUUAUUUAAAGAUACUAAUAAUGUUUGUCCUCACUAUUUGGACAUUUAUGACAGGAUUUUCAAGAAUUUUCAUGGGUGUUCAUUCUUUAGGAUAAAUAUUAUUAGGUUGGGUUUAUACAGCUUACAACAUUAUAAUUUAUUUGAAUUAUUUUCACAAUCCAAUAAUGAAUUACAUCAGACAAUGCUUAUAGCCAGGAUCAUAAGGAAUUUCUAAUAAGGUUGUUAGUGCAGUUGGAUUAUUUGCUUUUGGAUGGACUUGUUUAUCAAUUUUAUUUUUUGAAUUGAAUAAUAGAAUAUUUCUUGAUGAAGAUGUUAUAAAUCUUUGGCUGGAUGCUUUGUAUAAUAAAUGCUUAAACCAAUAAACUCAUUACAAUAUUAAUAGUCCAUAAGUUUUACAUAAUAUCUGUUUAAGUUUAAGCUUAUAUAUUUGGUUUCCUUUCAGUUUCCUCUUAGGUGUAAAAUUAAGCAAAGGAAUUUACAAUGAAAAUCAAUUUCGCAUUCAUUACAAAUUGCUUACUUUUUGGUAAAAACUUUUUAGAAUUUUGAUCCUCCUAAUAUUGUUAUCAAUUUUAAUCCCAAUUAUUUUUAUCUAAUUCUAAAAUACUUAUGCAGAAGCAUUUGGAAAGGUAAUCAUGAUAAAAACUAUAUAAGUUUCUGACAAUAUCUAUUUUAGGUGGAUUGUUUAUCACUGUUGUUUACUCAAAUAUAUUAAGUUACUUCAAACUUGAAGUAGAUGGUGAUUUCUUAUAGGUAUCCCCGCAAAUUACAUCAAACCCUGAAGGAUAUAAGGAGAGUGAAUUAGGAUAAAUAGUAUUUUGAAUAAUUUUUGAAAUUUG